AUGGUCCGUGUCUCUAUCUUGAACGACUGCUUGAACAACAUCAACAACGCCGAGAGCCGCGGAAAGAGACAGGUGCUUAUCCGCCCUUCCUCCAAGGUUAUUGUCAAGUUCCUGUCUGUUAUGCAGAAGCACGGUUACAUUGGUGAAUUCGAAGAAAUCGAUGACCAUCGUUCAGGAAAGAUUGUUAUCCAGCUUAACGGUCGUUUGAACAAGUGUGGUGUCAUCUCCCCCCGUUUCAACGUCAAGCUCACCGAGCUCGAGAAGUGGACUGCCAACCUCUUGCCUUCGCGUCAGUUCGGCUACCUAGUCCUUACCACAUCUGCUGGUAUUAUGGACCACGAGGAAGCUCGUCGCAAGCAUGCUGGUGGUAAGAUCCUUGGCUUCUUCUAUUAA